AUGCCUUCCUCUACCCCCGAUGCGCUCGAGUCCGACCUCCUCACAAAACUAUCUGCCACAUCUGCUCUCGAAGACCUCCAGGAAUCCUUACUUGGUUCCCUACAUCGCGUAGGUUGGACCGAGCGGAUCACUUCCCUCGCCACCGAACUCCUCCGCGCCGGCCGCUGUGAGACUUUCGACGAUGUGAUGGAAGCAGUAAUCGCCUCUGCGGAAGGCCGAAGUCACCCGGCACUUGGCUCAAAAAACUCAGAGAAAAGCGACGCUUCGACGAAUGGAGCCAAAGAGGGAAAAGCCAACGGUACAAAGAAGGGCGGGUCAGACGACAAAAAAUCGGAUGCCCCGUACGAUCCACUGAAGUAUAUUGAAGAAGUGGACGUUCGAAUCCCGGAAAAUGUGGUGGAUGAGGGAGUCCGUGGAUUAAAGGACAUACUACGGGAUAUGGUUGACCUGGAAGAUGAGACGAACGGGGACAAGAAAUGA